AUGCACUCCAACCCAUCAGAAAGAAACCAGUCAGGUGUUAGAGAAUACUCUGGUGAUGAAGACUUCGCUAACUCGCGAUUGUGUCUACAUCAAUCCCUCGAGCUCGUCACGGAGAGCCACCGCGACAAGACCGCCGUGAUCUGUGGCGAGAAGGCCCUGACAUUCGGAGAGCUCAACGUACUUGCAAACCGCUAUGCAAGAGUUCUUUCUGGGCGUGGAGCUAAGAAUGGCGACCUCAUCGGCGUGGCACUGGACCGGUCCGUGGAUCUGGUCGCGGUGCUGUUAGCAGUCAUGAAGACAGGUGCCGCAUACGUGCCUAUUGACCCAGCAUUUCCCGCGGAGCGCAUAAACCAGAUGAUGGACGAUGCCUGCCCAAAGUUGGUAAUCGCCGACUAUAACGCACUAGAGGCUCUCGCCUCCUGGAAAAAUGUGUGUUUGAACGUCGACGACGUUCUCGACACGACAGAAUCGGACAUCGAUGGUAACAACCUCGAUACGUUUGUACAAAACGAGGAUCUUGCCUACGUCAUGUACACUUCCGGAACGACUGGACGGCCAAAAGGGGUUGUAGUCAGCCACGGGAACGUUUCAAAUCUGUUAUUGUCGAUGCGGAAAGAACCAGGAUGUAGCGAGACGGAUCGCUUGCUUGCCAUUACCACGGUGUCUUUCGAUAUGGCUGUCCUUGAGCUAUUUUUGCCUCUGCUUUGCGGAGCCACAGUAGUCAUUGCACAAAGACACGAAGUGAGAGAUCCCGCUGCUCUUGUUACACUUAUGGAACGCCAUGAGAUCACCAUCAUGCAGGGGACACCUGCAAUCUGGCAAAUGCUACUAGACUCCGGAUGGUUGGGCCAGCCUCGCCUCGAAAAAAUCUUCUGUGGCGGUGAAGCACUGUCUCGAAGGCUGGCAGAUCGCUUGUUAGCCUGUGGUGAUAUGAUGUGGAAUAUGUAUGGCCCGACCGAAGCAACCGUGUAUGCAAGCAUUUGGAGGGUAUGCGAAGAUCAUGAAGUGAUCAUUGGAAGCCCUAUCAACAACGGCCAUCUAUACGUACUUGAUGAGAACCAGUUGCCGGUAUCGCCCGGUUCCCCGGGUGAGCUGUAUAUUGGAGGUGCUGGUGUGGCAAGAGGUUAUCGCAACAAAGAGGAACUCAACCGCUCUCGAUUCUUAAAAAACCCUUUCCACAAUGGUCAGAUGUACAGAACUGGCGACCUCGCUCGCUUUGUGGCGCCCGGAGAGCUGAGCAUGAUGGGCCGAAUAGACGGGCAAGUCAAGAUUCGCGGUUAUAGAAUUGAGCUGGGCGACAUCGAAGCGGCAAUUAAUGAGCACGAGCAGGUUUCUGGAUCAGUCCUGGUUUGUCGUGACGACCGACUAGUGGCCUAUUGCUUGCGAGAAACGACGGCGCUCAGCAAUGGAGGUGAGGCCAGGGCAGCGAUUGACCAGAUAUUACGCCCUUGGCUGGCUUCGCGGUUGCCAUCUUAUAUGGUGCCAUCAUUUUUUGUUGAAAUGGAAGCUUUUCCAGUGACCAUUAAUGGCAAAAUUGAUCGCAAGGCACUCCCAGACCCAGUUGCGACAUCUCAGACUACAGCCAACAUAAACCCCACCAUGGAUAUACAGGGGCAAAUUUUCACGAUUUGGUCGAGGGUCCUUGGGCAUAGCCACAUCUCUGGCGAAGAUAGUUUCUUUGAGGUCGGGGGGGACUCCCUGCGUCUCGUUCGUGUUCAAAAAGAGCUCGAAAAAUUGCUAGGCAGACCGAUUUCACUAACCAAACUGUUUGAGCACUUCACUAUCAAGACAUUAGCGGCGCAUCUAACCAGCUCGCCCGACCUAGCCGGCCCCGAACUUGUUACGAGGCAACGUGGUGUGAGUGAUACAGAUAUCGCAAUCGUUUCCAUGGCAUGCAGGUUACCCGGCGGUAUCAAUACUCCAGAAGAAUUUUGGGAAUUGCUAGAGAGAGGUGGUGACGCCAUAAUCGACGUGCCCAAAGACCGUUGGAAUGUUGGAGCCUGGAACAAUACCGGCGCAGACUCUCAACGUGGCUUGAACUGCUACCGUGGUGGCUUUAUUCCUUCGGUCAACUCAUUUGACAUAUCUUUCUUCGGCAUCUCACCAAAAGAGGCUCGUAGGCUGGAUCCUUCGCAGUAUAUGAUGCUGGAGACUUGCUGGGAAGGAUUUGAACGCGCCGGUUAUACCAUGGAAAAAUUACGCGGUAGCCAAACUGGCGUGUUUAUCGGUACCAGCAAUAUAUUAGCCCAUCAAUCUCUUAAUCCGACCGCCAUCAAAGACUUAUCAGACCUGGACGGAUAUACAGUGACAGGCUCGGCUGCUGGCACGAUGUCCGGUCGCAUCUCCUACCAACUGGGCCUAGAGGGCCCAUCAAUGACUAUUGACACCGCGUGCUCAUCGUCACUGGUCACAACUCACCUGGCUUGCAACGCGCUACGUCAAGGUGAAUGCGACGUUGCUGUAUCUGGCGGUGUAAGCCUGAUGCUCAACUCAGGACUGCAUGUAGAGUUCAGCCGGCUGAAGGGUAUGUCGCCAGAUGGCCGCUGCCGGUCCUUUUCUGCCGACGCUGAAGGCACCGGAUGGUCUGAGGGCUCUGCAGUCGUUGUACUCAAGCGGUUAUCCGAUGCUCAACGCGAUGGCGAUUCAAUCCAUGCUGUGAUACGUGGCACUGCUGUCAACCAUGACGGCCGCAGUGCCAGCUUGACAACACCCAGUGGACCCGCCCAGCAACGACUCAUAGAUAAGUCACUCAAUGCGGCUAGACUAAAUCCUGAUGACAUUGACUAUGUCGAGGCACAUGGUACUGCUACUAAGCUCGGAGACCCGAUCGAGGCUACGGCGCUGGCGGAGGUGUUUGGUCCAACCCGUCAAGGUUCAACCCCUCUGUUGAUCGGCUCGGCUAAGUCUAAUAUUGGACACACUCAAGCCGCCGCUGGGCUCGUAGGUUUACUAAAAGUGACACUGGCUCUACGACAUGGCAUGUUGCCGCAGACGUUGCAUGUCGCCGAACCUACCCCUGCAGUUGACUGGCAGAGUGCCAAUAUGUCGCCUGUACUGAGUAAAGUACCAUGGCUGUCACAAGGAAGUCGACUGCGUCGAGCUGGCGUUAGCGCAUUCGGCAUCGGUGGUACCAAUGCUCAUGUUAUUGUGGAAGAAUCGCCAAGGCAGAUCCUAGUAGCUAAUAACGAAAAUACUUCUGUUAGGCGGCGUUUCAUCAUGCCAUUCCUCCUCUCAGGUGAUAACAACGCAGUCUUGCGCCAGCAGGCCGAAAAUCUUCAUCGAUAUGUUAAAAGCACUAUCGGCCAGGACGAUCUUGGCAAUAUAGCCUACUCUUUGGCGACUACUCGCACUCAUUUUCGAAAACGGUCAGUAUUGAUGGCGGAAAAUAAAGUUGAGCUACUGGAAAAGUUGGACUCGAUCGUGAACUCAAACUCUUUCGCAUUGCCUACUGACAGCGCUGCUGAGGCGCCACGAAUAGCUAUGCUCUUCACAGGGCAGGGCAGCCAGUGGCCAGGCAUGGGCAAGGACCUGUGCGAAAUAUAUCCCAUCUUUCGCAAGACGAUAAACGAGAUCGCAUGCGAGUUCACGGACUUGGAACCGCCGCUUCUCGAUGUCAUGUGGGCGGAACCUGGCACCGCGGCAGCUGCGUUGUUAGACCGCACAGACUAUACACAGCCUGCUCUAUUCGCUUUAGAAGUGGGGUUAUGGCGUCUUUGGCAGGAUUGGGGCGUGAAGCCGGAUUUUGUUCUUGGCCACAGCUUAGGGGAAUUUGUGGCUGCCCAUGUCGCGGGCAUCUUGGAUCUAUCGGAUGCCUGUCGAUUGGUCGCGGCGCGUGGCCGAUUGAUGCAGGCUCAGACCAGUGAUAGCAUGAUGGUAUCACUCGGCGUCAGCUCAGCCGAGAUAGCAGCAGCAGUUGAGCAACUAGGCUAUAGCAAUGCAGUCAAUAUCGCUGCAUAUAACACACCAACGCAGACUGUUAUAUCCGGUGAUACUGGUGCUGUCAAAAACAUAACAAGUUACUUCACGGAACAAGGCUGCAAAAGUAGAACACUGGUUGUCGGACAUGCCUUUCAUUCCCGUCAAAUGGACGGCAUAUUAGAAGACCUCCGCGUCGUAGCCGAGACUAUACGGUAUAACUCUCCCAAGUUAGCCAUUAUUAGCAGUUUAGACGGAAGUCUGGCCGAGCCGGGUCGACUCGAGCACGCAAGUUAUUGGGUUAAGCAAACACGCGAGUCAGUUCGCUUCAGCGACGGCAUCAAGACUUUGGCCCGUCAUGGUGUCAACGUCUUUCUUGAGAUAGGUCCGCAGCCAGUGCUUUGUGGCAUGGGCGUGGCGUGCCUUGCAGAUGAUGAGAAAAGCCAGUCUCUGGGAUGGCUACCAUCCCUAACACCUGGAAAAACAAGCACUUCGAUUCUCCAACGCAGUGUUAUAGAUUUACACAUAAGACACGUGCCUGUCAAGUGGUCAGCCUAUUUUGGACCAUUUGGUUGCCAACGUAUCGAAUUACCAACUUAUGCCUUCAGGAGGGAUUACCAUAUCCCUUUCGACAUAAAGCAAAGUAUGAUAAGUGGUGAUGCUUCUGGUGUUAGCAAUAACAUUAGUUAUACUACUCGAAGCGGUCAAGGGGGCUUCGAGUUUGAAGUAGUGUGGCAUCCAGUAAAAGCAAAUGACAUCCAUAUAAGCAGGACCUGGGGCAUUUUGCUCCCAGCAGGUAAUACUAUAUGGGCAAAGCGGGUGGCAAUCUCCCUUUUGGGAGCUGGUAUUCGACUGAUUGAAAUAGAAGAUCUCAAGCAUACUGAGAAUCUGGAUGGUGUAAUGUGCUUGUGGAACUCAAAUACCGACGUUAUGUCUCAAUCGCAAGAUCUGUCGGCAACCGCACUAACACAGCUGCAGGCGGCCAUCCAGGCCCAGUCAAAAAUACCGCUUGUAUGGGUCACUUGUAAUGCAGUCGGUACUGGUACUGGACCCGGCGACCAAGCCAUGAAAUUGGCAGCAGCGCCACUAUGGGGUCUGAUGCGGACUGCCAGAAACGAACAUCCUGAGUUGAACUUGCGCCUAGUCGACUUAGAUGAGGAAACAAGCUCUUAUACCGCGUCAGCAUUAAUGCUAAUGACUGAGCCGGAAUGCGCUGUGCGCCAGGGCCAAGUGCUUGUGCCACGGAUGCAGCACGUUGCUCCUGUAGCGAAGCCUUCGCCCAAGAAACGAUUGAUCAGACCAGACGGUGCAGUAUUGAUAACAGGGGGCAUCGGAAAUCUAGGAGCGCGCGUAGCACGGUGGCUUGUAACAAGUCAUGAUAUUCGCGAUGUGGUACUUACAUCACGCCACGGCAUGGAAGCUUCUGGCGCGGAUGCAUUGGUAGCCGAUCUCUCCAAAAUUGGUGCAAGAGUUACCGUUAUAGCCAGCAACAUAGCCGAACCAGAAAAUCUGAAGUCAGUCAUGGCAAUGUUCACCGAAAACCGGCCGCUGCGAGGCGUCGUUCAUGCGGCUGGUGUCGUGGACUCAGGUGUCCUAUCGGCCAUGACUCCGGAGCGUUGCGCAACGACGUUCGCACCUAAGGUAUAUGGCGCUUGGCUUCUUCACCAAUUCACUCAGAAUAUGGAUCUAGACAUUUUCAUGAUGUUCUCAUCCAUAUCCGGUGUGAUGGGAAUGCCAGGGCUUGCCAACUAUGCCGCAGCGAAUACCUUCCUCGAUGCGUUGGCGCACCUGCGUCGCGCCCAGCACUUGCCAGCCACCUCCGUGGCGUAUGGUACCUGGACAGGCGAGGGCAUGGCAUCAAGACUUAGCCAUAUCACCCAGUCCCACCUUAUUCACUUCGGCCUCGACCCCCUGACACCAGAAGAGGGGCUUAGACUGUUCGAUCAGGCCGUUGUUAGUGAUCGUGCUCUAACCAUAGCCGCCGCACUCGAUUUAGAACGGCUCCGGGGCUACCUCGAUGAGCAGGGUGGUAUUCCGCCGCUACUUUGUAGGCUUCUGACUCAAGAAAUUACGACGCCAUCACGAGGAUGGGAGUUGUCUAAGAUGUUGAGCGAAACUGGCCCUAGUCAGCAUAGUGGUAUCAUGUUGAGCAUGAUUCGGGGAGUAGUUGCCAAAGCAUUAGGUUUCGCGCAGCCAUCGGACGUGGCCGUCGACCGUUCUUUGCAAGAUAUUGGGAUAGACUCCUUAACCGCCGUCCAGGUACGCAAUCAUUUGGCGACACUGACGGGACUGACGCUUUCUGUCAACAUUGCUUUCCUUCAUCCAAACCUGAAGUCUCUCAGCCAGUUCUUGUUGUCCCAGCUGCAGGACACGGAUACUUCGUCCACCACGACGGCAUCCAGCAGGGCGACUUCUGCCACUACAAUAUUCGAAACUCCUCUCUUAAAUGUAAUGAUGAUGCUCAAAGGAUGCCUGGACAGCACCUUUACAUUCGAUAACGUAACGCAGAAUCCGCACAUAUCUAUCACACGUCCCAGGUCCGUCUUUCUUACAGGUGCUACCGGAUUUGUCGGUGCUUCCGUCUUGGAAGGGUUGCUCAAGCAGGGCAUCACUACGUACUGCUUCGUGCGUGCUGAUCGUGCCGAUAAGGCGCGACAGCGGGUAGUGACCACCUUGGAGGACUAUGGUCUCUGGCAACCCCAUUUUGCGGCUCUGAUCAAUGUGACCAUUGGUGACAUGGGCCAACCCUUGCUUGGUUUAACCGAGGAAGCCUUCGAUGACCUGGCCGAGCGGGUUGAUGCCAUUUGCCACUCGGGCGCCCUUGUCGAUUGGAUGCGACCGCUGGAAGACUAUGUCGGCCCCAACAUCAUUAGCACGCACGAGAUCCUGCGUUUGGCAUCACGCGGAUGUGCCAAGACAGUACACCUUGUGUCUACCAUCUCCACCUUGCCGAAGCACAUGGGUCUAGACCUCAACGAAGAGGACCAGGAAUAUGGUUAUGGAACGUCAAAAUACAUUGCGGAGAAAAUGGUGGCAGCGGCUCGAUGGCGCGGUGCUAGAGCAUCUAUCUACCGUCUACCUUACGUCACUGCCUCGUCUACGACCGGUCAUUUCCGGCUUGAUCGCGGUGAUUUCUUACACAACUUGAUAGUCGGGAGCCUGGAGAUUGGGGUAUUUCCAUCAGUGGAUGCUGAUAUAGCUGCCGUACUACCUGUCGACUACUUGAGUAAAACUAUUGUUGCCGUGAUGACGCAAGAUUUGCAUUAUAUUGGCCGGGACUACGACUUUUUAAACAGAGAGGCACCAACCUGCAAUGAGUUCUUCAAGAUGAUAGGUGCUGUUCAUGGUGGAAAUGACGUCUUACCUUUCAGUAAGUGGAAGCAACGGGCACUGGACUAUGCUAUGACACAUCCGACGAGCCCGUUGGCCCGCAUCGCUGCUGUACUCGACAACUACACAGAUAAAACAGCGGCUGGUAUGUUCAAGGGUUCAUCUGUCGGUGAGCACGUCUUUGGCGGCCAUGAUUACCCGGCACCAUCAAUCGACGAGCGAUUUAUUAGCACAUACUUAAGUUGUAUUGACCGCAAGUCUAAUACAACUGUGAGAAAUAGCCCAUAG